AAACAGUCACCUUGCUAACCUAAUAGCAUCUUUUCUCUCAUGUUAGACUUCGUCUCCUAAACCAAAGUGGCAAAACAUGGAAGAAGAGAUGCCUUACGUGAAGGAAAGAGUCUGUAUGAUAGCCAAGGAUGACUUGCCAGCACCUUUGAAAAAUGUUCCACAACACGAUGCGCACAAUCAAUGGAAUAUAUUCUUGCUCAUCACAAGCUCAUAUGUUCAUAACUUCAUAUCCUUCAUGCUCCUGGCCUCAGAAGGUGGAGCAGAAACCUUAUACAGAGAGAAAAGUCAACUGAACCAUGGUGAAGGAAGUGCUCUGGCCCAGAAAUGAACCCUUUUCUUUCAAUCUAUUCAUUGCUAUUUGACUUUGUAUUCUUGUCCCCAAAGGUUUGACUGUAAAUUAGAAUGGAAGAACAAAUUCUAGUUAAGAAACCCAUUUUUGAGGUUCGUUGUAAUUUGCAAAGUCAGCAAAAUAUGCUGUGUAAAAGUUGUGUAUUUUAUGGCACAUAAUUUUCUCAUUGAGAUUUUCCUUAUAUGAAGAUUCUGUUCCAUUUGACUUUAUAUGUCUUCGUGUCAAUAGUCUUUCAAAUCUAGACCAUUAAUGAAUUCAUGCAACUUGG